UUUUUUUGUUAUCGUCGUCGUCGUCGUCGUUGUGAGUGAUUUACGACUUUAUCGUUGUUGUAUAGACUUCUUAUAAUAUUUGGUUAUUCACGUUAAGUUUGGUGAUACUAAUGUUGGGAUUUUACUUGUUUCACGUUAACUGUGGCUCUCAACAGACCUCAAGUCUCAGAACAUGCAGUUCUAUCUCACAGGAAGACGAUCACUCUUCGAUCGAUUCACAACCUCGCAUCCUCCAAUUCAAAUCGUUCAGAUAGCAAUCUUUUAGCUGCCAUUCCGACUUCCUUUUGAUUCCCGCAUCAAAUCUGCAGGCAGAAGACAGCAUCAUAAAAGUCGAUCGCUGUUGCAAGAGGAGUCGUCCAAUAAUUGGCAGCCGUCAUCGAGCUGCGGGCAUUUACUCCUCCUUCAGCAUCAGCACUUAUUGCUUCCCAUUCAAUCCCUCACGCCUUGCCUGUGAAUCUUCCCUGCCAGCUUACUUCCUAAUCGCCCUACACCUCUCUCUCAUCCUCCAUUGUUGCCUGCUCUGUUCCCGCUACGUCGGCUGUCGCAUCGUCUCCAUGCCGCGAUCCCAUCGCGAAACUUGAAUUUUGAAUGUUGCUCGUCGCCGCCGACAGACAUCGACGUGUUUGAAUUCUUGCAAGAACACAAUAUGGUCGAAUUAGGCAAAGUACGGCAAUGCUCUGUUAACCUCCGAAUUGCAUCCGACUUAAAGCGCUUCGUGUUUGAUUUCUCAGCUUAUCGUUCUUAACAAACAGCGACUAUUGCUUCCCAAUUCAGUAGUGUUUGUUGUCCUCUUAAUCUCCAUCUACGACUGGAAGAGAGCUGAGCUGCUUAAGAUUAACGUGGACAAUGUGAGCUAAAUCUAGUGUUAGAUUCGGUUUCCUGGAUUCCCUGUGUUUUGCUAGCCUUCGGGUGAGGGUAAGUGGCAGCUAGCUGAAUUGUUUCACGGGAAGCAUGAGGGGAAAUCGCUGGCCAACGGGGUCCCUCCCUCCCUCUCCCUCUCCCUCUCCCUCUCCCUCUCUCUCUCUCCCUCCUCAAACCAUGUUCGAUUUCUUCCCGCCACCAAUCCACGCCUUAUAAAUGUCGGAAUCGGACGUAUCGCGUCCAAGUCGUGACUUUUCGCUAGUUCGAUAGAUUCUAUCGGAAGAUGGCCUGUUCGCGGAAACAGGGGAAGGUGCUCUGUUUCUGUGUGGCGUUGAACGAAGAGGGAAGGAGUCGGAGGAAGGAAGAGGAGGCGGCGGAGGAGACGAGAAUAGUCGAUUGCCUCCAGGAAAGCAAUGAGGGCGAGGAGGAGAGCGAAAGGGGAGUAAAAAGGCGGGAGCUUUUCCUGUGCCUACCUCCCUCCUCUGCUUCCGCCGCCACUCCCACUGCUUAUUCUCCCCGGAGCCUCAUCUCCCGGUUUCUCCUCUCACUCCAUCGGACGUCACCAACUCGCGGCGGCGGCGGCGAAGGAUCCGGUUUCCGGGUGCGGUUUCCAAUAUCCUCUUCUAACCGCCGGAGAACAAAAGAGAAGAGAAUGACGGAGGAAGAGGAGGAGGAGGCGAAGGUGGAGGAACCGGCGAUGGCUGCUUCUAUGGAAGGAAAGGGUAUUGCUUCCGGCGAGAGCAAUCUCGCCAUUGAUGCAGGUUCCAGGAGAAUCCUUCGUUCUCGUACUGGAAUCGCUUCUCUAGAUUGCUACUGCUUCUUCUGGUUCUCUAGUGAUGCAGUCUCUUUGAAUCUGGGAAUGGGAGUAGGUCUGGUGUUCCUCCUAACGAGGAGUGCCACCGAAAUCAACAAGAUGGAGCAACUGAGAGUCCAAAUGGAGAUUCUACUCAAAGACAUCAAGGAUGAGAUGCACAACAAAGGCGUCUCUUCCCACCGAGCAGAGUCCAACAAUGUCGCCUCCUCUGCAUCAAACAGUUAUAUGGAACCCGAAGCUGAGACACGGUCGACAUGUGCUACAUUCACGAGGAACACAGCACGCCUCAGCAUGCACCAAAUGGAAGCGGAGAUGGAAGUCGAACUACAACGUCUGCAAUGCGCCGUGGGACGCAAGCUUUCAUCGCUGCCGCCACAUCGCAUGUUGGCUGCUGAGAGCGCUGAUGCGCCUGAGACCUUUCAUGGAAGCUUCAGGGAGGCGUACGAAGGAGGCAGCGGCAGCGGCGGCAUUCAAUGUGGAGUUUCUGCGCAUGAGCUGACGAGAAAGCUUAAUCAACUCGUGCAGGCGAGGCAGCAAGAAGGUAUUGCGGAGUUGGAGUCUUCCUUCAACUGCACUGGCAAUUCUCACAUUGGCGAAGACGACGGAGAGGUAACGCAAGUCCAUGAAGAAGACGGUGGCAAUUACCGUGGGGUUUCUGCUCGUGAGCUGGAGAGAAGGCUGCAUGAGCUCCUGGAAACAAGGCAGCGGGAGAGGAUUGCAGAGCUGGAGUCUGCGUUGGAGUGUGCGGAGAGACAGCUGCGCGAGAAAGAGAGCGAGGUCUGCUGGUGGAGGGACACUGCGAGGUUGGUCUCACAGCAUAAGAGCGAAGCAGUUCACAGGUGAGUUCAGGCAGCCAUUGCUGCACAGAUGAUGAGUUCUCGUUUGAUGUGUGUGUUUGAGUGAGAGACUUGCUUGGUCAACUUGUCUUCAAUUUCCAGGAGUCAGGUUUUGCAGCCAUGUGUAGGGUUAAAGCUUCUGGAUGUGUUUGUCGAAGCUGCUGCUUCGGCUCACUCUGUUUGGAUCAUUUCAAUCUGCUACUAAUUCCAUUUGAUGGCUUCUAUUCCUCAGUGUCAUUUUAUGAGGAACUACUUGUGCUGCCAAGAUAUAAAUAAGAUGGACUAUAAUGGAAGAACUGACAAGAUAAAUUACAACCAUGAAACACUAGACAUGGUAAGGUAUAGAAGCAUCAAGCAAAGACCUCUCUGCACUUGAUGAUGAAUUGGGUAUGGUGUGGAAAGGAAGGUUGUGUGAGGAGCAGCUGUCAUUUCUAAAGAUGAUAACAUCAAACUAUUGAAUCAUGAUGCAUGGUAGUGAACUUGUAAUGGAAACAUGCUAAAGAUCAUUACUGCGGUUGUAAUGGCCAUUGAUGAGAGAGUCCAAAAGUCAAAGAUCAUAUGAUGAACGCAGGAGGUGGAGAGCUCAAGCCUUGAAGGACUCGAGGAUGCAUGAUGCAUGCUCGUCGCACCAAUUAUUUUAUGCACAAGAUGCUCGAGCAUUU